AUGAGUUCCGACACUACAAACGCCACGUUCCUCUUCGAUAAUUUCAACAAAACGCUCCCCGAAAUGUACAGACGUACGCUUCCCAUGAGAAUCCUCGGCUCUUCGUUCACCUUGCUUUUGGGAGUAUCAGCCGUCUUGGGCAACCUCGCCGUCGUCUUCGUUUCUUUCUCUGACCAAGCUCUGCGGAAUCAAGCCAGUAACUUGCUGAUAGUGUAUCUGGCAACGACCGAUGCCCUGACAGGAUUUUUCAGCAUAAUUCCCAGCUCCGUGUUUGACCUCGACUACUGGCCUUUCGGGAAGAUUCUCUGCAGGCUGCAGAACGGGGUGCACUACGGCUGCAUGUGCUCCUCAUCGUUCAACAUUUCGCUCAUCAGCCUCGACAGGGCCGUGGCUGUGAUGAGGCCUCUGCAGUACCACAGCAUCAUGCACUCCAAGACAUUCCUUUCCUUCGGCGUGGCCCUGUUCCUCUUGGCACUGACUCUGCUGGUUCCAUCGCUGGUCCUGGACUGGUCUCAGUUCAAUUACUACGAGGGAAAGUGUGCGUACGAUUGGAGCAUCGCUGAAACGAAACAGUUCACUGCGUCCUGGUCAAUGGUCAGCUGCUACUACAUCCCUGCAGUUUGCAAGUUUUUCUGCAACCUCGUAAUUGUCAUCGCAGCUAGCAGGAAGAGGAACAAGAUAACGAUUCGUGUUGCCAGAGGCAGCGAUUCGGCCCAUCAACAGAUUGCGAUUGCGAUUGGUCCAAAAAUGAACAAGGCGAUUGCGGGUGUGUUUGUACUGGUCGUGACGUAUAGCGUGACUCUUGCACCCAUCGUCAUCUCGAAGCAGAUCGCAUUCGCCACUGAUGUAUUUUCUAUUUCUCCGCAGGUUCAGUAUUUAUUUUCGAUCUUGUCUGUGGCGUCGUCUGCCGUGAAUCCGUUUUUUUACGGUAUUUUCAGGGAUAACUAUAGAAGAGCGUUCAAGAAGAUUGCUUCAGAACUGAAAAUAAAUAACCUACCCUGA